UUUCCUUUCUUUUUUUUUUCAGAAGCAGCCUUCUUCUGUAGCAUGUGAGGGAGUGAUGCAAUCAAAGACUCCAUCACAUUAUAUUUCAAAUACUCAGUUAUUCACUGAAUGGUAGAGUCUCCACCUUGCUUCCUGUACCUAUAUUUUAAUUUACUUGAAAGAAAUUUCAGUACUGUGAAUGUGUGGUCAGAUGAAACAGAUGUGUGUCGCAGCUGCCUGCCAAGUCUCAGAGAGGAUGGGCAGCAGCAAAGGCAGGAGAAACAUGAAAAGAUCAAGGCACAAUUCUCUUGACCCACUGUUAUGUCUAAAAAUACCAACUAUACUGAUCUUAAAGGACAAUGAAAUAUGGGAAGGAAGGUUAUUCCAAAAUGGUGAACAAGCAGAUCAAGGAGCCAAACACCAGUGUAACUUACUUUAGAAAGUGAAGAACAUGGACAAAAGGAUAACCCUCAGGCAGCAACACACACUUCAGGUUGUGCAGACAGUGCCCAGAAGGGCCAGAAUCCACUGCACUUGCAGUCCUCUUUUUUUAUCCACAUCUAGAGAGCUUUCUGCCAAUUUUGCACUUGUGGACUGGUUUUAGAAAAGAUCACACAUGAACAUACGCUGCACAGUUUUAUUGUUGAAUCUUGAGAAAAGAAGGCUUAUGAAAGUCCUUAUCACUGUAUUCCAAUAUUUAAAGAGUGGCUGCAAAGAAGACAGAGAAUCCCUUUUCACAAGGAGUCUGUGGGAAAGAUGAGCAGUAAUGGGUACAAUUUAAUCCUGGGGAGAUUCUGAUUGUGCACAAGAGACAACUUCUCACAAUGAGAACAAUCAGCCAUUGGAAUAAUCUCCCCAGGGAAGUGGUGUGUUCUCCAGCAGUUGGGGACACUUUUAAGAUUUGGCUGGAGGACAUGCUGAGCUUCUUUUAGACCAUGCUUUUGCCUUGAAAGGUUGGUUGGACCAGAUGAUCCUCGAGGUCCUUCCAAUCUGGUAUUCCGUGAUUCUUAAAACCUUUCUUACGCAUUCACAAGCUGCAUAAAGCUGGUGGAGGCUCUUGGUGCCAACCAGCUCUGUGGGUUAACUAUGGGAGAGACAUUUAUCACAGAGGUAUCUUGCAAAACGUGCUCUGUAGGACCCCUUGCAAUCCCUUGCAGUCUAAGUGGGCUGGACUCCUUGUGCUCUUUUGUUUCUCAUUCAUCUUCCUUUCUGCAAAAGAUGGAAAACUGAAGUAUCUUGCCCCCAGAGGAAGAAAGAUGCGUCUCAGCAACCACCAACUGACCAGACAGUCCCUUCCACGUGCUGUGCUGAAUUUCAUCCCCAGCAGAGGUUAUGACAUGGAGCUGUCAUGUGGAGAUUAUUGCUGAGGAAACUGCAUCUCCCACAGAUGCGUUAAAAGUUCCCCCAUGGUCCCAGGGAAAGCAGGGUUCCCAUUUCCUUCUCAAAUAAAGGUGGCUAGAGAGCAGCUCUGCCUUACUGCUGUGAGGUGAGGUCUGCACACCUCUGAGCAGCCUCUUAGGAGCAAAACCCAACCAAUAAAGAAGAUAAAUAAACAUUGGCUUUGCUGGGACUCUGCUGGCUGUCAUCAGCCGCUCUUGCACAAGCGAGGCUGGGAGCUGCUGCAGCAGCACAUUUUUGCCUCUGGCAUGUAAAGUUCAAGGGUGCUGUCUUGUUAAGCAGUUUUCCGUUCUUUUAGGGGAUUUUUAUACUCCCUCAGCCACCUCAGUCCUCUCAGAGGACUGACUUUGCUUCACUUACAAAAGUUGAAAUGUCGUAAAUACUUCGAGGUAAAGAAUUUUAUGGGUUUUUUGCCCCAGGAACAGCAUUUUGACUCACUGUAUUUCAGUGAGACAUUAAAAAAAACGUACUUGUGUGCAUUUUAAAAAAUUGCUGUUGUUACCAUUUGCUCAAAAGGUAGCAAAAGCUGAUGAUACAGUGAUUUGUUUUGCACUUUUUAACGUAAGACUGGCAGCAAAAUCGUUGUCUCGUUGCUCAAGAGGCUUGAAAUCCCCACCCUUGGGCUGUGAUUCAGCAAAUUCCCAGAGUAACCCUGGUCUGAAGCGCGGGUUCCUCCUUGUCCUGUCCUGCAGGGGGUGGAUUUCUCCUAGACAAGCCAAUGAACAGAAGCUCAUUUAUUUAUGUAUGUGGCGAGGAGGAAACUUGCUCCACAGUCUCCCCACCUCUUCCUGCAAAAUGUUAGCUCUCUUUUGCACUAAUCACUUCGGGUCCUGAAUGAAAAGAAGUGAGCAGCAGCGGAGCUGGGGUAUGGAAACUGCUGUUUUGAACAUCACUCCCUGGCUCUGCUCCACACCUCAUAAAUAAUCACUCUCACCUCAUUUGAGCUACAGAGAGAAGCAAAAGCAGGCUGCCGGUGUCUUUCUUCAGCAAAACCUAAGGUGCUAUUUCGGAGGGGCAGGACUGAGCACUCUGUUAUUAACUCACAUCAUCGAGGAAAUACGCUUGCUUUCUAUCUUUUCUUGGCUGGAUUUCCCCCCCGCCCCCCCCCAGCUGCAGCGGUAUCUUAAUGGGGAAGCUGAUCUCCAAAGGCUGGCGGAAAAGAGAUGCUCGAGUUGUCAUGCUGGGGCUCGACUUUGCUGGCAAGUCCACCCUUCUGUACAAACUGAAGAGCGGCCAGGCUGUGGAGACCUGCCCGACGGUGGGAUUCAACGUGGAGUCUCUUCAAACACCCUGUGGAGUAUCCUUCACCCUCUGGGAUGUUGGUGGACAAGACAGCCUGCGGGCCAGCUGGCCUAACUACCUGGAGGACAUCAACACCCUCAUCUUUGUGCUCGACAGCGCAGACAUGGCCCGGGUGGCCGAAGCAAUGGCAGUACUGGAGGAAGCCCUGAGCCACCCCAGCAUGGCUGGCAUCCCUGUGCUUGUCCUGGCCAACAAGCAGGAGGUGCCAGGAGCGCUGGCUCCUGCCGAGCUGGGGGAGAUGCUGCAGGAGGGGGGGCUGGCAGGGCGCCGCUGGGUGCUCCGGGGGUGCAGUGCCCACACUGGCCAGGGCCUGCCGGAAGUCCUGGCCAUCCUGGGAAUGCUGCUGCGGGGCUCAGAGCAGAGCUCCCUACCCCGGGAGCAGCCCAUCACGGGGCUGGCAGAGAGGAGGCAAGCUCCAGAGCAAACCUGAACCUUGAAUGGAUCCUUCCCACUCGUUGCUGCCAGAAGAUUUGUCACGGAGGAUUCCAGCCUCCAGGCACCCCCUACAAUGAGCAGAGCUGCAGUUGGCACAUGCUGUGAAACACCCAGGACCUGACCAUCAAAACCCAGCAGGAGGGUCUCUGAGCAAAACUCCCAUCGUGGAGCAGUUUUGGCCACAUCUCUUGGACUCUUAUCCCUAGCUGCAGCUUGUCCCACUGUCACCAUGUUCAGCUCAUCCACCGCACUUGUGUGUCCAGAGGUUCAGCAAGGGUGCUUUUUGACAUUUAUGAAUUAUAACAGAGAUGUGUGCAAGCGUCAGAAGCUUUCUUCAUUCUGCAGCUUCCAGCCCAGAUGCAUCUAUCCAGAUGGGGUGAUCCUCCCUUGGGGGGAGCUUGGGUGUGCCCCAUGCUGCUUCUUUCUCAGCACAAAUCACAUGUUCAUUGGCUGAAAAAGAAGGAAGGCACUAAAAGGAGUGGCUGAUUGGGAGCAUCGUAAGCUCCGGACUUCAAAUGGCCAAACAGCUAAUUGGUUUUCAUGUGGCAUCUACAGGUAUAAUAAUCUUCAAGCCAUGGAAGCAAGCUGGGAUUUGAUGGUGUAAUGCAGUUUGAGGAUGUGUGUAUAUUAAUUUAUGCAUUUCUUGUAAUGAUUCUUUCUCCAUCCAUAAUUUUUAUCAAAUAAUGAUUUUAUGAAAAUGGUCCCUCAUUUUCCUUGGAUUAUGUUUAAAUAUAAAGAAAUCAGACCUGACUUUAAGAUGCUUGGAAAUAUGUCUCCAUGGCCAGUCAACCUCUAAAUGUCCUCAUGGUGGCCUGAGCAGCCAAGACAAAACCCUGUCUCUAAGACUUCUGAAACUGCAUGAGACCACUCCACAUGCAAUGGUUGAUAACCAGGGGCACCUAUGGGCACAGGCAGGUUGGUGACCAAAGGUCUCUCCACACCCAGCUGUGCCCAGGGCAAACAAAAAAAACCCCACCCCUGGUAGCUCUCAGCAGGACCAGGUCUCUUGUGGCAGUGAUGGUCUUUGUCCAAUCCUGCUCAGCUUACCACUGGAAAGAUCUAUAAAAUGUGUGCCUGAGGGCUUCCUGUAUCCAAGAUUUUGUUAUCCAGAGUUAAAAUUAAAAUAUUUCAUAGUA